AUGGAGUGUCCUUCAUCAAUGGUGACGGUGGGAAAUGGAGAAGAAGAUGCAGUCAUGCAUGUGCUGGCGGUUGACGACAGUGUGGUUGACCGUACCAUCGUUGAGAAAUUGUUCAAGUCCUCUUCUUGCAAAGUAACAACUGCAGAAAAUGGAGUGAGAGCCUUGGAGUACUUGGGGUUAUUACCAGGAGAUGAUCAGCACAACUCUCCAAACACCAACGUCCCAAAGGUGAAUUUGAUAAUAACAGAUUACUCCAUGCCUGAAAUGAAUGGCUAUGAGUUUCUUAAGAAAGUCAAGGGCUCAGCCAUGUUUAAGGAUGUUCCAGUUGUGGUAAUGUCAUCCGAAAACACUCCAAGUCAGAUCAACCAAUGCAUAGAGGCAGGAGCUAAGAUGUACAUCCUGAAGCCUCUCAAGCAAGCUGAUGUGAACCAACUGAAAUCUCAGUUAAUGCAAUCCUGA